AUGUGUGGAGAUCUCUUUGUGACCCUGGGGUAUGAAGAUGAGAUCAACAAGUACACAGCUGCAGAGAAUGACUUUGUGGUCCUGAAGAAGGACGUCGAUGCUGCCCACAUGACCGAAGUGGAGCUGGAGGCCAAGGUGGAGAGGAUGACAGGUGAGAUCAACUUCCUGAAGGCCCUCUACAAUGCGGAGCUGUCCCAGAUGCAGUCAGACACCAGCAACAUGUCUGUGGUUCUUUCCAUGUACAACAACCACUGCCUGGACCUGGGCAACAUCAUUGCCAAGGUCCGUGCCCAGUAUGAUGAGAUUGCCCAGAGGAGCAAGGCUGAGGCUGAGGCACUUUUCUGGACACAGCUGGGGGAGCUGCAGACCAUGGCCAGCAGGCAUCAUGGGGAUGACCUGAGGAACACCAAGAGUGAGAUCAUGGAGCUCAACAGGAUGAUCCGGAGGCUGUGGGUGGAGAUCGAGAGCAUCGAGAAGCAGAACGCCAAGCUGCAGACGACCAUCGCUGAUGCAGAGCAGUGCCGGAAGGUGGCCCUCAAGGACACUAAUGCCAGGCUUCAGGACAUCAAGUAUGGACUGCAGCAGGCCAAAGAGGACCUGGCCCUGCUGCUUUGCAUGUACCAGGUGCUGAUGAAUGUCAAGCUGGCCCUGGAUGUGGAGAUCACCACCUACUGGACCCUCCUGGAGGGCGAGGAGUGCAGGGUGUCUGGGAGGUACCAGAGUUCCGUGAGCCUCGCAGCACCGGCGGCGGCUGCGCCCUGGGAGGAGGAGCCCGAGCUGGGGCCCGCGGAGGUAGCGGGGACCGCAGCGGCUGGGACUAGGGCGGGAGCUCCGCGGAGCGCGAGGGCUUCUCUGGUUCUGGGACUUCUGCGCCGCCAGCCAGGGUGGCGGCGGCGGCGGCAGCAGCAGCGCGGCCAGCAUCUCACAAAACUCCUCCCAGAGCCGGCGGUCCCGCCACAAAUUCUGAACCCCGCGCCAGAGGCGUCCUCGGACCAGCCUCCUUCGCCCUCCGGCAGGCUCCGCUCUGAGCUCCCCCGCACCCCCGCCGGGCCCCUUCCCUCCGCUGCUUCUGACCUGUGCUCCGGAGCCCCACAUUCCCAGACGGCUGGCAUCGCAGCAACCCGAAAGUUGCCGGGAUGGAUGAGUAGGCAGUAA